AUGUCUGAAAACAUUUUUUCAUAUAUGAGUAAACAAACAAAAAUUUUUGAUACUAGUAACGAGAAUAUCAAGGUAACAGUCGAAGGAAUAAAUGGUGAUAUUGCGAGGAUUUUUCUUGUAGAUAAAAUGAUAAGCC